AUGAAACGGUCAACACAUCUAAUGAUAUAUUGCUGCUAUUAUUACGCACAAUUAUUGGGAAUUUUAAACUUUUCUUUUGACGGUCGCACGCGCAAGGCAUAUACAAAUAAAUAUGUCACUAUAUAUGCUGGCCUCAUGAAUGCGGCUUUAUUUGGUUUGAUACCUUAUUUGGCCAUGACCAUGGAAUUAAAAACAAGGCCACCAGGAAGUGCUGAACUGAUAUAUAAAUUAAACGUUUACAUGUUAUUCAUACGGAUUGCAGGUGUUUUGGCAGCGCUUAUCUCUAUUUGGUCGAAUCGAAAUAAGUUCAUAGAACUUAUUAAUUCCUAUCAACUGUUCUGUCAGCGCUACUUGGAGAAAUAUCAAAAGCGAGACAAGUUUAUGAAAUAUAUGGAAAGGGCAAUACGAAUAAAAUGUCGCAGUUCAUUAGCCACUGAUGUUAUACUGUUUGUCGGCUCUAUUAAUGUAUUUCCUGAAAUUUUUGAAAUCUAUAACAAAUUUAUAUUGAUGGCUUUGGCUCUGAUGCCCAUAUUUUUAAAUGUGAUUAUGACGCAAUAUUAUUUUGCUCUGCAACAUGCUAAUGUUUUACUGCUUGUGAUAAAUGAAGAAUUGGAGUGGAUUUUGAAAGUGUCCCAGUGUGCAGCCCCUUCAAAUUCAAAACGCUUCUUAAUUGAAAUUACAAGCUUGAGUGAUUAUGUUAAUGUGUUGGCCGGCAUGGUCAUACAAUUGCUAAACUAUGUGACACGUGUUAAUCGCAUUUACGAUAUUCAGGUUAUCUGCUGCAUGAUGAUUGUCUAUGUCAAUAAUAUUUGUGUGAUUUACAUUGGCUUAAUGACCUCGGCCCCAGAAAAAUUGUGGAAUGCAGGGGAUAUUUUUAAAAUAAUUAUAGCAGUUUUAGCCAUAGUUAUGCACUAUUUCGAUUUGAAAUUAUUUAUGUAUUCCAUAUUGGACGCCUCAAGUUUGGUGAAUAAACUGGGAAAGUUAUUGAAAUUUAAGCAAUGCUUGCUUUCAUGUGCCGAUUUAGAAUUGAAAAGAAGUUUGAUGAACUUUUCUUUGCAAGUGGCCGCAUUUCCAUUGGAAAUUGAUUUGCUUGGUUUAUAUAUAGUGAAUAAACCUACUGUUUUCGCUGUUUUUGGCUCAACUAUAGCAAAUGCUAUUGUUUUAUUGCAAUAUGAUUUUAAGUUUAAAUAA